AUGGCAGAAACAAAAAACUGGUAUAACACAAGAGAAGCGAUAGAAAAAACCUCUCCAUCGAGACUUGACGGUAUCAACUUAAAGGAAGAGACGUUCCAACGUUGGUCUUACACUUCAUUCCUACAAGAGCUUGGCCAGAGACUAAACAAUCCUCAAAAAACUAUAGCCACUGCGAUUGUCUUGUGUCAACGAUUCUUCACUCGUCAAUCACUCACAAAGAACGACCCGAAAACAGUCGCCAUCAUCUGUAUGUUUAUAGCCGGAAAAGUCGAAGGGUCUCCAAGGCCGGCCGGUGACGUCGUCUUUGUCUCGUACAGGGUUUUAUUCAAUAAGGAGCCGUUGAGAGACGUGUUCGAGAGAUUGAAGAUGACUGUGUUAACCGGUGAGAAGCUUGUGCUCUCUACUUUAGAAUGUGAUCUUGAAAUCGAACACCCUUAUAAACUAGUGAUGGAUUGGGUUAAGAGAUCGGUUAAGACCGAGGAUGGUAGGCGGUUAUGUCAGGCUGCAUUUAAUUUCGUUAAUGACAGUCUGAGGACGUCGCUUUGCUUGCAGUUUGGGCCUAGUCAGAUCGCAUCGGCUGCUAUAUAUAUCGGUUUGAGCAUGUGUAAGAUGACGUUACCGUGUGAUGGAGAUAAAGCGUGGUGGCGAGAGUUUGAUGUCACGAAACGUCAAUUGUGGGAGAUUUGUGACCAGAUGCUUGAUCUUUAUGUUCAGGACUUCGUUGUUCCGAGACAUGGCUUGUGA